CCUGUCGCCCGUACCGAUCUGUCCUUGACUGUAGUCUCCUUUGCGGCCGUUCCAGUGCUUGCCACGGCCUGGGUCUCUCUCCGGUAGAGGGCUACGUUAAAUGCCCCUCGCAUACAUCUGCUCGCUCCUCCCAUGAGGUUGCAUGCCUCGUCAUGUCCAACAAUUCCGCUAAAUUGCUCUUCGUCGUAGCCCUCUGUAUCAAUGUUGCGCUCUGGUCUCGCAGUCGCUAUGCGGAGGUAGCCCCGGCGCACACGAGCACUCUUAGCCUGAUCAAGCGUUUCGUGGAGGGGGCGGACGAUGAGCCGGCAGGAGAGUGCCGCCCCCUUUCCUUCCCGACCGCCGAGCAGUGUGCACAUAUCAUCACUAGCUGCCCGGGCUCGCGCACAUUCCUAUCCAUUAACUACCUCAAGCACUACUUCUGCACCGCCGAGCCCCUACGGCCCGCCGCCUUUGCCGGCCUCGUUCUAUGGCUCGUCUUUCUGUUCUCCACCCUCGGCAUCAGCGCCUCCGACUUCUUCACCCCGAACCUCGCGACCAUCGCGCAGAUCCUUGGCCUGGACGAGAACGUCGCGGGCGUCACCUUCCUCGCGUUCGGCAACGGCUCCCCCGAUGUGUUCUCCACCUUCUCCGCGAUGCGCGCGAACUCGGGCAGCCUGGCUAUCGGGGAGCUGCUCGGCGCGGCGACGUUCAUCGUGUCAUGCGUCGUGGGCUCGAUGUGCAUCAUCAAGCCGUUCCGCGUCGACCGGGGCCCCUUCCUGCGCGACGUGUGCUUCUUCACGACUGCGGUGACCUUGACGUUCAUCAUCCUCUGGGACGGCUGGAUCCGGCCUUGGGAGGCCGGGUCCUUGGUCGUGCUGUACUUCGUGUACGUUGCUGUGGUGGUUGUCGGCACCUGGUGGCGACAGCGGAGAAGACGCAUACUCGAAGCCGAGGCGCUCAUCCGAGCUGAAUAUCAGGACGAUGAGAUGCCCCCUCCGCCUGCAUGGGACGAGCCAUACCGAGACGACCCAUCCAGCGUCCCCUCCCUCACAGUCACAUCUCCCUCUACACCUACUCGUCCACGCGCCAAGUCCACCCCAGGCCCUCCCCGCCUGCAGAUCGACCUUCCACCCAGACCGUCCUCGCAACACCGCACCUCCAACCCGUCAAGCCCGCAAUUCUCCCAAAUGCCAUCCUUCUCGCUCAUCGGUGCGCUCGAGUUCCGGAGUGUGGUCUCCUCGCUGCAGAAUCAGGCUUCGGGGUCGCAGCUCAGCGUAUUUGAUACGCCCGUUACGCCGUAUGCGGGCGGGCACUACCACUCGCCCGUGCACCACCACCCGCCGCGGUCGCGGUCGCAUACGCCACAGCCGACGGACGAGAACCCCUGGGAUGCGACCCUCGGGCUCCCGCUCGAUGACCGCCCGCCGCGCAGCCCGUCCCCAAGCGAUCAGCACGACUACAACACGGAGGACACGACGAUCCAUUCUGCCAUGCCGCUCGACUACCAGUCCGACAACGAGGCGCAGGUCGCGAAGCCGUCGCGAAUAUACAUCCUUCGCGGCGCGGCACACGUCCUCUUCCCUUCGCUGCACGGCUUUCGCGAGAAGAGCGUGCUGGGGCAGGUCGCGUCGUUGUUUGCCGCGCCAGCGCUGUUGAUGCUGACGCUGACGUUGCCUGUGGUCGUGACGCCGUACAAUGGGGAUAUGAAUGGGCAUGAGAAGGGGUUUGAUACAAGCACGCGGAAUUUGGUCGACUUUGAGGAGGAGGGCAUUGAGCGGACGCUCGUGGCAGAGGAGGAGCGCGAGGAGGAGCUGCAUGGCGUGGGUUUCAACAAGUGGCUUAUGGCGGCGCAGUGUGUGUUCGGUCCGUUGUUCUGUAUCGGCGUUCUGUUCGCUGGGCACUCGCACCGUGGCUGGCUGCUGCUGGCGAGCGUUAUCGCCGGGCUGACCAUCGGCAUCAUGGUGACUGUCUUCGGCGACAAAGGGGACAACCCCACCUUCCGCAUGGUGCGCUGUUCGAUGGGCUUCCUCGUAGCCGUAGUCUGGAUCAUGGCCAUCGCCGACGAGGUCGUGGAUGUGCUCCAGACCUUCGGCUUCAUCUUCGGUCUCUCCGACGCUAUCAUCGGCCUCACCAUCUUCGCGGUGGGCAACUCGCUCGCCGACCUCGUCGCCAACAUGUCUGUCGCCGUCUUCGCCCCCAUCAUGGGCUUCAGCGCGUGCUUUGGGGGCCCGAUGCUCAACAUCCUCCUCGGCGUCGGCAUCUCCGGCUCGUACGUGACCUCGCAGACGGGGACGCCGUAUAAGCUGGACUACUCGCGCACGCUCGUGGUCAGCACGAUCGGUCUCUUGUUUGUGCUGGCGAGCACGCUGCUGUUCAUCCCGUUCAAUGACUAUUACCUGACGCGGAAAUGGGGCGUGUUCCUCAUUGCGUCGUAUGUGGUGAUCAUGACCUUGAAUAUUGUGGUGGAGUUGAAAGGGUAGGAGAGAUACGAACGAGGCUAUCUACUUAUGUUCCGUGAUGAUUGUUUCUGUAAUAAGUGCUUUCGCUUGUGCUCGCAUCGUACAUACACUCGCACAGUGGACUAAUACAUGAUUUUUGGAUGAU